GAUAAGUUUGCUAGCAAGAGUGCUGUUCUCCUAUUCUUAUUCAUUCUCCUUGAUUGAAAUCCCAACCCUCCGCGUUAAAAGCCGAAAAGCAAAAUCAAUUCUUUAAGUUCAUCAAGAAUUCAAGAUGCAAUUCUUUUUUCUUUAUUUUGGUUCUUUCUAUAUUUGAUGGGUUUUCCGGUCAUCUGAACUGCUCGAGGAGGUAAGCUAACCUUCUCAAACUCUACAAAAGAAGAGUAGAGGACACCCACUGUUUCACACCACACCACCAGAAUAAUUACAAAAACUCUUCACAUGUUUGCUGGACAAACUAAAGCAACAGCACUUACCACACAGUACAAAAUUCAACAACUUUACCUUUGACCUUUACUGUCAAUACUCAUUACUUCCUCACUGCUCAUAUAUCUCUCUCUCUCUAUAUAUAUAGAACCAUAGAUAGAGAAAGUAUCUUCUCAAUCUCUAAGUUGUUUCUUUUUUUUCUUUCUUUUUUUGUUUGUAACUUUGAUCUGACAAAUGAGUAGAGAUUUUGUGUGUGUUUGUUUUAAAAUUCAUGGUGGUGGGUUUUGUUUCUUGGUUGUAUAUUUCUUAAUGUUACUGUUUGAAACCCAGAUAGCAUCAUCAGCUAUAAUCUACAGUAUGCAUCAUCAGAAGAAGAGUGAUAGUAGUCAUAGAAGUAAAACCCCAGUUUAUUUCAAUCAAACUGGUUGUGAUUUGUAUUCAGGGAGCUGGGUUAAAGAUGAUUCCUUACCGGUUUACAAAUCAUCAAAUUGUCAAAUGGUUGAUGCUCAAUUCGAUUGUCAAAGGGAAGGUAGACCUGAUUCUGAGUACCAGAGGUUUCAAUGGAAGCCUAAUGAUUGUGAGCUCCCAAGGUUUGAUGGGGGUUUGUUUUUGACAAGGAUGAGAGGCAAAACAUUGAUGUUUUUUGGUGAUUCUCUGGGGAAGAAUCAAUGGGAGUCUUUGAUUUGUAUGGUUUUAGCUGAUGUUCCUUAUACUCAAACACAAGUUAUCAGAAGAGAUCCUCUUUUAACUUUUGGCUUCUUGGAUUAUGGAGUGACAUUGCUAUUCUAUAAGGCUCCGUAUUUGGUGGAUAUCGACGCCGGACAAGGGAAGCGAAUACUCGAAUUAGAUGAUAUUUCCAGUAAUGCUGAAGCUUGGAAAGGGGCAGAUGUUUUGGUGUUCAAUUCAGGGCAUUGGUGGAUUCAUGCCGGAAGGCUUCAAGGGUGGGAUUAUAUGGAAUCAGAUGGAUCAUUAUACAGAGAAAUGGAUCGUUUAGCUGCAUAUGAGAAAGGACUAAGAACAUGGGCAAAAUAUGUCGACAAUAACAUUGAUAGAACAAAAGUCACUGUUAUUUUUCAAGCCAUUUCUCCUACUCACUACGAUCCCAACGAAUGGAGUGCUACUCCUGCGACGAAGAAUUGUUACCGUGAAACAGUGCCAGUCAGUGGAGGGUUAUAUUCCGGUGCCUAUCCGGAUCAAAUGAAUAUAGUUAAUGCUGUUCUGAGAGACAUGAGAUCUCCACCAUACCUGCUAGACAUUACAACCCUGUCGCAACUGAGAAAAGACGCGCAUCCUUCGAUUUAUAGUGGAGAUAUUCCUCAAGGCCAAAGAGGAGAUCCAUUUCGGUACUCGGAUUGUAGUCAUUGGUGUUUGCCUGGACUACCAGAUACUUGGAACCAGUUAUUAUACACUGCAUUGUUCUUCUAAUUUUAGAACUAGAUUGGGCUUGGGUGCUCAGCAACGACCUCUAACUCCCUAAAUCAUACUAUGUUUUCUGCAAGCUGUAAACUAACAUAUCUGAGAUAGUAUAAUGUGCCAUGAUCCAACAAUUUUAUAGGAUUUGUUACCUUCAUCGAUUUAUCAUGAGUUUUGACUGAUUGUCUUGUCAGGCAAUGAGCAUAAAA